GCGUGGGCAUGUGCUCGCUGACCCUUUAUAUAGCUAGAACUGACGGCAUACAGCGUACUUCGGCGGAGCCAGUCAAAAACGACAUUCACCAGAGCUUUUUGAAGGUUUGUUCGGCACAUUCCGUUACCAUGAAGGUUUUGAUCCUAGUUGUUUUGGUUGCCGUGGCAACGGCUAAACCAGCUGAUAACUCCAUUGAGCGUCUUGCCCGCUCUUUGGCUGAAGAUGAGGUAAUGAAGAGGGGUGUCCUCAGUAACGUAGUGAAUGCCGUCUGUAUCCCCGUCAUGGACUCCGUGAUCGGUCUAGCCAAUGGUGCAUGUGCCUUUCUGGAUUCUGCCGACAGCAUCUGCAUACAGCUUGCUGAUCAAUACCUUGGCAGCUUCCUAUCUGGUCUGUUCUCUAAACCUGUUGCAUCCAUGUGCCAAAACUUGGCACAACUUGCCGUUAACGAAUGCAACAAAGGAACCGUGCAAAACUUCGCCGACAUUGUAUGCACCAAACUUACCGACUUACCUAUAAUCGGCUAACUGAACUUUUUUGAAAUUUCCUGUGCCGAACGAUAAAUGCAAGUAGGGCAAUAAAAUGCUGAUGAUUUUCAUAAUGUACA